GUGCUGCUGCUGCUACUUCUGCUGCUUUUCCUUUUCAGGGUUAACAAUCAAGAUGGUACAUGCUGAAGCCUUUUCUCGUCCUAUGAGUCGGAAUGAAGUUGUUGGUUUAAUUUUUUGUUUGAUGAUAUUUGGUGCACUAACAUACUUUACAAUCAAGUAGAUGGUAGACACAAUUGAUCCAACCAGAAAGCAAAAAGUAGAAGCUCAGAAACAGGCAGAAAAGCUAAUGAAGCAAAUUGGUGUGAAAAAUGUUAAGCUUUCAGAAUAUGAAAUGAGUAUUGCUGCCCAUUUGGUAGACCCUCUUAACAUGCAUGUUACUUGGAGUGAUAUUGCAGGUCUAGGCGAUGUUAUUACAGAUCUGAAAGACACAGUUAUCUUGCCUAUCAAAAAGAAGCACUUGUUUGAAAAUUCCAGGCUUUUGCAGCCUCCAAAAGGUGUUUUUCUCUAUAGGCCUCCAGGCUGUGGUAAAACUUUGAUUGCCAAGGCUACCGACAAAGAAGCAGGUUGUCAAUUUAUUAACCUUUAGCCUUCAACACUGACCGAUAAGUGGUAUGGAGAAUCUCAGAAAUUAGCUGCUGCUCUUUUCUCCCUUGCCAUAAAGUUGCAGCCUUCCAUCAUCUUUAUAGAUGAAAUUGACUCCUUUCUACAAAACCGUUCAAGUUCUGACCAUGAAGCCACAGCCAUGAUGAAAGCUCAGUUUAUGAGUCUCUGGGAUGGGUUGGAUACCGAUCAUAGCUGCCAGGUUAUAGUGAUGGGAGCUACUAACCGUCCUCAGGAUCUUGACUCAGCUAUUAUGAGAAGAAUGCCCACAAGAUUUCAUAUCAAUCAGCCGGCUCUAAAGCAAAGAGAAGCAAUCCUCAAACUUAUCUUGAAAAAUGAAAAUGUGGACAGACAUGUGGACUUGUUGGAAGUUGCCCAGGAAACUGAUGGGUUUUCAGGAAGUGAUCUCAAAGAGAUGUGUCGUGAUGCUGCUCUUCUCUGUGUGAGGGAGUAUGUCAAUUCUGCAUCAGAAGAAAGCCACGAUGAAGAUGAAAUUCAGGGGGUUGAACAACAGGACCUGCAUCGGGCAAUUGAAAAGAUGAAGAAGUCGAAGGAUGCAGCAUUUCAGAAUGUUUUAACACAUGUUUGUUUAGAUUAAGAGUAAAGAUCAUCUGUACAGUUCACUAUGGCCCAGUUUGAUGUGCCCUCUUGUCAGUGCAAGUAGAAUCAAGGAAGUGUCGUUUCAGCAGUGAGGGAGUCAUGUUUGACACUGGUUUUGUGCUCUGAAUUCUAAGUUAUUGAGAUACAGUUAUAUAAAUGGUGUUACUACUGU